AUGAAAAACCAUUGGUACUGGCAUGGCAAGCUCUCAGUUGGAGGUGUGCUUGGCCAAGUCCAACUGGGCUUCAACUUCCAGAGCAUUGCUUUGAAUCAAGGUGAAUACAGAGGCAGCAGCCACAUCAGCCAUUCCAACUCCAACCAUGCCUUCAGCAUCAGUGGUGGUGGCAGCAUCUACAGUGACUUUGGGAGCCAAGGGAAGCCACCCCCUGUUGAGGAAGGUGUCAAGGUCACCAUGGCCAUAUGUGGCAUUGAAAGCUGGCACUACUGUUGGCGACCACCUCCACUCCAUCAGAUCACAUCCCAUGCAGCCAUUCAUGUUCUGCAAGAUCAAUGGCACCUUCCUCAGCUGCCAAGAUGGAAUGUACACCAGGUGGCAUCUGCUUGGAUGGAUGAGGGGUGGAUGGUGCACCACCCUAUAUGCCUGGAGAGCCUGUUCCAACACCUCUUCUACCUUCUUGGGUGGUGUUACACGAAGCUUACCAUGGACCUGAACCCCAACACCAGCAACAGCAUCGACGACAAUGAUGGCCUGGCACAGUCCACAUGGAUCUUGCAGAGCAUGCAAGGUGACUCCAUCAGAGCCACACUCAACCCCAUUGAUCAUGCCAUAUGGCCCAAUGGAUUCAUGCACCGCCCCCACCCUCUGCUCCAAUACAAGCAACCACCCAGCCAGCCUGCUGUUGCCUUCCUGCCAAAUUGA